CCAUGACACUGCGGAUCCUGCUGCUGGCGGGACUGCUGGCCGCAUCAUGCUGUUCCGGAUCCGAUAUACUCAUGAUCACCAUGGGCGGUACCAAAUCCCACAAGAUCCCGUUCUUGGAGCUGGCGAAAGGGCUCAUACCACGUGGUCAUAAUAUAACGUUUCUGAAUGGCUUUCCGGCGGACUUUACGCUGCACGGGCUGCAAGAGAUAACACCAUCGGGGCUGGUGGAGUACAUCCGGAACUACACGAAUUGGGAUCUGCUCGGGGCCCGAAUGCGAGGUGAUAUGCCGCUGUCCCUGUGGGAUGCUUUCCGAUAUUCGUGGCAGGUUUGCGAUGCAACGCUCGAGGACAAGGAAACGAUGGAUCUGUUGGGGCGUAAGUUUGACCUAAUGAUCUUGGACGGAGCAUUCCCGGAAUGUGCCCUAGGAUUGGUGUAUCGGCUCGGUGUACCGUUCAUGUACAUCAACACGGUUGGCUUCUACACCGGGUCGAUGUCUUGGGCAGGAAAUCCGGUACCAUACUCGACGACACCCGUCUUCUACCGGCCGGCUACGGAUGACAUGAACUUCUUCGAACGCUUGUCGAACACGUUCCACACGCUGCUUGCCGAUUCCGUGUACACGCCCUCGAUGCUUUACCUUCAGCACAUGGUACGCCGCCAUCUUGGUUCCGAUAUUCCAAACAUUUGGAGUCUUGGACGUAACGUAAGCUUUAUACUACAAAAUGGACAGGCGAGCGUUACCUAUCCCCGGCCACUGCUACCCAACGUAGCCGAAAUCGCCUGUAUACACUGCAAACCGGCCUCACCACUGCCGAAAGAUCUGGAAGACUUUAUUGCCGGUGCGGGCGAAUCGGGUUUCAUCUACGUUUCGAUGGGCUCGUCCGUAAAGGCAGCCAACAUGCCGGACCAUCUGCGUAAGCUGCUCGUCCAAACGUUCGCCCACCUGCCGUACCGGGUGCUGUGGAAGUAUGAAGCAAGCCCGGCCCUGCUUACCGACCUGCCGUCGAAUGUGCGAAUUGCACGCUGGCUACCACAACAGGACAUCCUUGGUCAUCGGAAGUUGCGUGCGUUCGUUACGCACGGUGGGCUGCUCAGCAUGUUCGAGACGGUGUACCACGGUGUGCCGAUCGUAACGAUGCCAGUGUUCUGUGACCAUGACGCGAAUGCAGCGAAAGCCGUCACCGAUGGGUAUGCGCUUCGGCUCGAGCUGGAGACGAUUACGAGCGAAAAGUUGAUACGCGCCAUCCACAAGGUUAUCCACGAUCCGCGAUAUCGCCGGGAAGCGAAACGACGCCAGAUUUUGCUGAAAGACCAAAGAUCUACACCACUCGAGACGGCCAUUUACUGGACGGAGUACGUGAUUCGUCACAACGGUGCUUACCAUUUACAGUCCCCAGCGCGUAAUCUCAACUUCCUGCAGUACUACUGUCUCGACCAGAUUUUAUUCUUCUUCGGAGUCGUGUACGUAAUGCGAACAUUGACCCGGCUCUAUCUGAACCCCCGAAUAGUUCAACUGGGCAAGGAAAAGCUGCACUGA